CUGUAAACUGCAUAGAGAGAACUGUCAUGCGUUGCUACGACGUGAGUUUAGAAGCCGCGUAAAUAUGGCCGCGGUAAUAAUCUGUGGUUAAUAUUGUCCAAUGUAAUGAGUAUGCGUGAUGUUCAUGAUUGCUUUAGUUGGCGAACGGUGAUGAGAUCAAUGUGUCAUCAACUAAGAUGAGCGAAAGGAAGUUUACCCGCGGCCUGGGUAAACCGGGUAUGGCCGCUCAAUUACGAGAGACUGUCUCUCAGGUAGUACGUGAAAGUACGGUACAGAAUAAACCACAUUUAGUAGAACCUAUAGAUUUUGAAAGUUUUGUAUUAAAGAAUAAAACUUUAUUACAAAAUGAUCCUCAGAGAGAGCUUCUAUUAUAUCCUCAAGAUGAUGUUUCACAAGUGGUAUUACCUAGAAGAUACCGUACUCUUGUACCAACUGUAUCACAAACUUCAGAUAAUGAGGAAGGAGGAGAAAAUCUUCUUACAAAAGAAUGUUUACGAAGUUAUACAUCUAAUUGGAAUCUCAUACAUUAUAAAUAUUCAGCAUAUAGUGGAACUUAUCUUGAAUUACCUAAAAUAGCAAAAAUAGAAGAUCUGAAAGAUGAAGUAUAUGAAAUAGAUACAGAAGUAGAUCAGGUUGAUGAGGAAUUAACAAAGAAUAAUGGAAUAACAAAAGAAGGUUAUUUAAUGAAAGGACCAGAAAUUGGUAGUAGUGAUCGUAUGUUUGCAAAUAUUGGUUCAAAAUCAUUCAAAAGAAGGUUUUGUCAUCUUAGGCAAGAAGUUGAUGGCACAUACAUUCUUGAACUUUUUAAAGAUGAAAAAAAAGGUGAAGCUAAAUUGACAAUAGUAAUGGAUUUUUGUACUGAAGUUGUUAGAAAUUCAAAACGUGGAAGAUAUUGUUUUGAAUUAAGAAUGAGCGGGACUCAUAAAUCAUAUACUUUAGCAGCAGAUAAUGAAACAGAUAUGCAGGAUUGGUUACUAAAAUUGAGCUCAGUAUUACAACAUUAUAAACAACAAGAAGAAAAACGUGCUGCUUCAUUAGAAAGAGCAUGUAAUACACCUCCUCCUUCUCCACAACCUAUGCAGGUUUAUGGAACACUCAAAGGCUUGGAGCAAAGUAUGAAUCCACAAUUGAUAAAAUAUUCUAGGGAAACAGAUACUAGUAUAGCAUUAGCGAGACGAGAAAAUCGUAAACAAUUAUUUAGUAUUUAUCCUCAUAUACCACAUAUUAAACAACAGUUGGGAAAUUGUAAUGAACAAAAUAUUGAUCCAUAUAAAGAACAAUUUGGACAAAGAAUUUUUGUAAAAUGUGAAAGUCUUAAAUUCAGAUUACAAGCACCAAUAGAUGAAAAGGAAUCAUUAUGUCAAGUGGAACCUUAUCAAACUACAUUAAGUCUUUAUGAUGCAAGAAAUGGUAGAAAACUAACUGAAAAUUUUCAUUUCGAUAUUAAUCAUGAAGUUAUUCAAGAAAUGAUAAAAGAAUUAAGUCCUGUAGGUAUUAUGACAGAAUCUACAGAAAAUAUUAAACUACCAAAUGAUUUGAAAAAUAUACCGUUAGAUUGGAUUAAAUAUCCAAAACAGGCCAUAUUUAGUAUUAGUAAUCCUCAUCCUGAUAUAUUUUUGGUUGUAAGAAUAGAUAAAAUAUUACAAGGAAAUAUAUGUCAAACUUCUGAACCAUAUUUAAGGGCUACAAAAGAUCCACGAUUAGGUUUAAAAGUACAUAAACAAGUUAGAGCAUGUUGCCAAAGAUUGGGAAAUUAUAGAAUGCCAUUUGCUUGGGCUGCUAGACCAUUAUUUAGAUUAUAUAGUAAUGAAUUAGAUACAUCAUCAGAUUUUCCUGCAAUAUACAGACAAGAAGGGAAUAAAAUAAAAGAUGAAGAACUACUCAAACUUCUUUCAGAGUAUAGAAAGCCUGAGAAACUUAGUAAAUUGACUGUGAUACCUGGUUGGUUGAAAAUAAAAAUUGAGUCAAUUACAGAUUUGUCUGAUAAUACAUUAUCUACAUCUUUAGCACCUUUAAAACCAUUUCCAUUACCACCAAUAUCUGAACCUACUUUUGAAAUUGCAGAAUUUGAAAGUAUUUCAGAAAAAGAUGUUCAUCCAUAUACAACUUAUAUUAAUCAUCUUUAUGUAUAUCCACAAACUCUUUGCUUUGAUACUCAAAAAAUAUUCACGAGAGCUAGAAACAUUGCUUGCAUUAUUGAAUUACGAGAUGAUGAUAGUGAAAAUACUACACCUUUAAGAUGUAUAUAUGGAAGACCCGGUACUGCACUUUUGUGUUUACGAGCGUCUUGUGCAGUUUUACAUCAUAAUGCAAUUCCUUCUUGGUACGAAGAAAUUAAGAUACGGUUACCACCGAAACUUCAUGCUAAGCAUCAUUUACUUUUCUCUUUUUAUCAUAUAAGUUGUGAUAUGAAUAAGAAAAAAGAAAAUGGUGUUGAAAAUUGUGUUGGUUAUGCUUGGUCUCCCUUGUUACAUAAAGGAAGAUUAAAUGUAGAUAUGGAUAUGAAUGUACAAACACUACCUGUAGCGACACAUUUACCACCAGGUUAUCUUUCAAUACAACCUCUUGGGUUAGGCAAAGGGAAUGCGGGACCGGAAAUUAUAUGGGUUGAUUCCCAACGGCCAGUAUUUACAGUAGCAUUUCAGUUGAUUUCAACAGUAUUUACUCGUGAUGUACAUUUGCAUAAUUUAUUUGCUCACAUGGAACGUAUCCUAGAUACAAAAUUAGGAGCAGUACCAGCAGAUUCAGAAACCUGCAAAAUAUUAAAAGCUGCUCAUGCUGUACAGUUAGUUACUGUUAUUACAUUUCUUCCUACUAUUUUAAAUCAAUUAUUUACUUUAUUAAUUUCUACAACAAAUGAAGAAGUUGGUUUAUAUAUUAUAAGAGUUUUAAUACAUUUUAUAAAUAUGGUACAUGAAGCUGGUAGAAAAGAAACACUUCAAGCUUAUAUCAAGUUUGUUUUUGUACCACCUUCUCAAGGAAACUACAUUUUCACAGUUCAUGAACAAUUAGGAAAACAUCUUCCUACAUUAUUGCAACUAAGCAAUACUGAUUUUUUAGUAGUAAAUAAAUUUAUGCAUCACUCUAGUUUCUUUUUUGAGAUAAUGAUUAAAAGUAUGGCACAACAUUUGUUAUCAACAGGAAGAAUAAAAAUGCAUAGAAACGAAAGAUUUUCUAAAGAAUAUCAUGAAAAAAUUCGAAGUUUAGUGGAAGUUAUUAUGCCUUAUCUUAUGAAUAAAUAUAAAGAAAUGCCAGUUGAAACUCAUGAAUUGAAUAAAAGUCUUGCACAAUUCUUAAAGAGAUGUCUUACAUUUAUGGAUCGUGGAUUUGUUUUCUUUUUAAUAAAUUUAUAUAUGGAUAAUUUUUCUCCUGGUGAUCAACGUACAUUACAUGAUUUUAAAUUUACAUUUUUACAAAUAAUCUGUUCACAUGAACAUUAUAUAUCAUUCAACUUACCAAUGAUGCAAUCACGAAUUACUUCCAGAGAAGAUACAGAGAGUGAUCCAGAAUGUGAUGAUUUAAUAAGUGAAUAUUGUUUAUCUGAAGAUUUUUGCAAACAUCAUUUCUUAGUUGGACUUUUAAUGCAAGAAGUUAGAACAUCUUUAAAUGAAAUUGUACAAAUUCGUAAAGUAGCAAUAGCUACAUUGAGAGAUUUAAUGGCAAAACAUGAACUUGAUGAGAGAUAUCAAAAUAAGGGUCAAUUAAGUAGAAUAGCAUCCAUUUAUAUACCAUGGUUAGGUAUUGUAUUAGAAAAUCUACAUCGAUUACAAUCUAUACAUGACAAUAGUAAAACAGAAAUUAAACAAAAUGGUGCCAAUAGAAUAUCAACUAGUAGUUCAUUUUUGGCAAAUAAAGAUACUGCAAGUAAUGUUACAACCACUGGAACUCCAAAAUCAAUUCAUAGGCUUACAUUACAUUUGGAGACUCAAUCUCCGAUAAGAGCAUCUAUGCAUCUACGAGAUUCUACAUACUUCGCAGCCAUAGCAGGUCAAGGUUUAGUUAAUGGAUAUUCUUGUACUAGUAUAGAAUCAGAUACAUCAACAAUAUCUGGUGCUUCUCAAUCUAAUAUAUCUCAAGAAACUACUAUUAUUCGUGAAUCAAUUGAAAAUGGUACUGGCGAAAAAAAAAGACAUUCUCGUUCUUUAAGUGUUACUCAAUCAUCACCUAGAUGUGAUAAAUUGCAGUCAUCAGAAGUUAAAGAUAUUUUACUUUGUUUUUUAUUUGUGAUAAAAUAUUUGGGUGAUCAUCAAGUUAUUGCUUGGUGGCAGCAAUGCAGUGAUUGUGAAAUUUUAAGUUUUUUUACAAUAAUAGAAAUGAGUCUUCAUCAUUUUAAAUAUAUUGGUAAAAGACAAAUAGCUACAAAUAUGGUAAAUAAUUCUGGGAAGCCUCGAACAGUGAAAGCAAUGACAUUACCAGCUAGAAUGGCACCUCCUGAUUUUUCUAAUGAAGGACCUACUACUAGUACUUUGCAGCCACAUAAUACUACUGUAAGAGAAAAUCUUGUUGAAAAUGAUAGUGGAAAGAUGCAUCAAGUUUUAUUAGAAGCGAAUAUGGCAACAGAAGUUGGUCUUAUUGCAUUGGAUUGUUUAGGAUUAUUUUGUAUUCAUUUUAAGGAUGUACUUUUAGCAACAGAUGGUGACAAUCCCAUUAUGCAAAAAGUAUUUAACAUAUACUUAUCAUUUUUGCAAGUUGGACAGUCUGAAACUUUAUUACGUCAUGUUUUUGCUAGUUUUAGAGCUUUUUUGAAUAAUUAUUCUAUAAUUCUGUUUCAAGGCAAUGCAAUUUUAUGUGGUCGUUUAUGUUAUGAAUUAUUGCGUUGUUGUAAUAGUAAGUUAAGUUCUAUCAGACAGGAAUCCUGUGCUUUACUUUAUCUUCUUAUGAGAAGCAAUUUUGAAUUCACUAGUAGAAAAGGAUUAACUAGAGUUCAUUUGCAAGUAAUAAUAUCUGUUUCUCAAAUGCUUGGAAAUGUUAUUGGAUUAAAUAAUUCAAGAUUUCAAGAAUCAUUAUCAUUAAUAAAUAGUUAUGCUUCAUCUGAUAAAGUGAUGAAAGGUACUGGUUUUCCAGUUGAAGUUAAAGAUCUUAAUAAAAGAAUUAGAACGGUUUUAAUGGCCACAGCUCAAAUGAGAGAACACAACAAUGAUCCUGAAAUGUUAGUAGAUUUACAACAUAGUUUGGCUAAUUCUUAUGCUAGCACACCUGAACUGAGACAUACAUGGUUAGAAACUAUGGCUAGAAAUCAUGCAAGAGAUGGAAAUUUUUCAGAGGCUGCUUUUUGUCAAUUACAUAUUGCUGCAUUAAUAGCUGAAUAUUUGAAAUUAAGAAAAGUUCAUACAUGGGGAGCAGAAGCCUUUGAUAAGAUUUCCAAAAAUAUUUCUAGAGAUGAAUGCAGUCUUAAACUUGAUGCUGGUGUACAAGAUAUUCAUUACAACGAAUGUAUACUUCUUGAACAAUUAGAAAUUUGUGCUGAGAUGUUGGAAAAAGCAGAACGUUUUGAACUUCUUGGACAUUUAUACAGAUUAAUAGUUCCUAUGUAUGAAGAGAAACGAAAUUACGAAGCGUUAGCAAAUUGUUAUUCUCAUUUGGCACAAGCAUGUAAUAAAAUUGUUGAAGUUACAAAAUCCGGAAAAAGACUUCUUGGAAGAUUUUAUAGAGUUGCAUUUUUUGGUUCAGCAUAUUUUGAGGAUGAAAAUGGACAAGAAUAUAUUUAUAAAGAACCUAAAGUUACAUCUUUAUCAGAAAUUUCAGAACGUCUUCAUCAUUUAUAUUCUGAAAAAUUUGGCUCGGAAAAUGUUAAAAUGAUAAUGGAUUCUAUACCUAUUGAUAUAACUGAAUUAGAUCCAAAAAUAGCAUAUAUUCAAGUGACGCAUGUCACACCUUAUUUUGAAAAAUUUGAAUUAGAAAUACGGCAAACAGAAUUUGAGCAGAAUCAUAAUGUAUUAUGCUUUAUGUUUGAAACUCCAUUUACUAAAGAAGGAAAACCAAGAGGUAGUCCAGAAGAGCAAUGGAAACGUAGAACAAUUCUUACAACACAAUAUUCUUUCCCAUAUAUUAAAAAACGUAUUUUAGUAGUUGAGAAACGAAUAAUGGAACUGAGUCCAAUUGAAGUUGCUUUAGAUGAAAUGCGACAACGUGUUCAAGAAUUAGAAGAUGUAGCUCUUAUAGGUCCAACAGAUGUAAAAAAAUUGCAAUUAAGAUUACAAGGAAGUAUAUGUGUUACUGUGAAUGCUGGACCACUUGCAUAUGCCUCUGCAUUUUUAGAUCCUGCUCUAUCUCCACAAUAUCCAGAUGAUAAAGUUGAAGAAUUAAAAGAUAUCUUCAGAGAAUUUGUUAAAAUAUGUUACACAGCUCUUCAAAUAAAUAGCAAACUAAUUACAUCUGAUCAACAUGAAUAUCAAGAAGUAUUACGUGAAAAUUAUCAGAAACUUUGUCAAAAUUUAUCUUCAUUACUUGGAGAACCUAUUUGGCCUGAUGAACAAAUUGGAAAUUUUAAACGUAACAGCGCUGCUUUAUUUAGUGCUAUCAGUGGUGCUAAUAAUCAUACAAAUACAGCUUAA